UUAAGCAUUUUGGCUGCACUCAGUUAAUUCUAACGAGUCUGUGAAAUAAUUACUGUUAUGUCUGUUCUAAAGGUGAGGAAGCUGAUACAAAAAGGUUGUCAUUCUGCUAAGGUCACAUCACGGUAAGUGGUGUAGUCAGAUUAGAAUCCAAGUUCCUUGCUUGCAAAGACUAUCCAACAAUAUUGGCUACAAUAUUGUUGACUACUACGGAACCAGCCCGUUUGAAGGAAAAUGCUUAAGGAAAGGAAAACAUUUUCCUAAGAUAACACACCAGGACUCCGAGACCAGACUCCCUCCCACGACUCAACCUUGGUCCCAGCUUGCUUUUCCAACUCUGCCUGGAGUCUCCAGAGUUCAGGAAUUGGCAGAAAGUGAGGGAAGAAGAAAUCCCAACCCGACUCGACCCGACCAGAGCAGCGCGUCUGCAGGAGCGACAAGGACACCGUAAACAGGAAUUUGAAAGGUCCUCUUGGCUGUGUGACUCCAAACUCGAGUUUGGAUGAUCCUAGGGCCAGAGCUAGGGGGUUGCCCAAUCCACCGAGAGCGCGGGACAGCGGCCGCAACCACUCCUUGCCCUCAAAGGCGACCUCACAGCAAGGGUUUCCCCAGAUUCCUGUUGGGGGGUUCCGCUCUCGCGAGUUGUCAGGGUUCCAGAAUUCUCCCUGGCAGGCGGCUCAUUUCCUUGAAUCCCAGCUUCGCCCCUUCCCAGGGGCCCUAAAAGCACCUAGAAUCGUGCUGCUCAUUACUACGGGGGUAACUCCGCCCUAACCUCGACUCGGGGCGUUGAACAGCACAGCGAUCCGGCCACGGAGCGCCGGCUACUGAGCGCAGGAUCUUCCUGGCCAAUCAGGAGCCACGUCCUCCCGCGCUCCCUUCCAGCCCCGCCCCUCCCGUCUCCGUGGAAACUCUCCGAGCGCCUACACCUAGACCUACUAGGCCCGUGGCUUCCGUUCCGGGCGAACCGGGCUGCAGCCAUUGUGUAGAUGGAGUGUUUCGGCCGGUCCCUGUUCCACUAAGAGACUCCAUAAAUGACGCGGACUCUCGGGAGCACCGAUCCAAAAGCGGACAAGGGCGGCUAGAGCUGAGGCUGAAGAAAGAGUGACCGAAAGGGGAGGGUCCAAGGCCGAGAAGCGCCUCCGGUUUAGAAAUCCCGGAGACACCAGUGUAGCUCAGCCUCCUCAACAGUCUGCCCUUCUGCAAAAGAGCACAAGGAAGGAAGGAAUGCUCAGUAUUUUCCUCACAGUCUGAUCCCAGAUUUCUUCUUCCCAGAAAGCCUAUCUUUGACCAGAUGGAAGUUACAUUUGAAGAUGUCACUGUUAUUUUUACUUGGGAGGAGUGGAAAUUCCUGGAUUAUUCUCAAAAAAAGCUCUACAGAGAGGUCAUGUGGGAGAACUACACAAAUGUCAUGUCAGUAGGAAACUGGAAAGAGAGCUACAGACCCCAAAAAGAAAGAUUCAGAUAUUUAGUACAUGAAAAUCUUUCCUGCUGGCAAGGCUGGAAUGCCAGCACUCAGAUGUAUGAGAAUCAAACCUGUGUGCAAACUGUUCAAGGGAUAAAUUCCAAAGCCCUAAAGCAGCAAGACUUUUCCCACUAUCAAAAAUGGUUAAUACUCUCCACACAGGUAUCAGGAUAUGGAAACUAUGAAGUGAUUGAAGGUAAAAAUCCCAGGAACUUAAAAUAUACAAAGUUUAUACCUUGGCAUUCCUUAGAAACAAAACAUACUCAAGACUAUGGUAAAGAAAUCCACAUGAGUGAUUCACAUGGUUUUCAAGGCAGCACAUACCUUCUUGGCUUAUCCAGGAAAAAUCUCUCUCUGGAAGGAGAACAGAAGCUCAUAGUUCAGCAUUCGUAUAUCCCAGUUGAAGAAGCCCUCCCAGAGUACAUUGGAGAGAUAUGCCAGAAUGGCCUACUGAAAGACUCUAUGGAAGAGAAAUACUAUGCAUGUGAUAAAUGUAAAGAAAUGUAUUAUUGGAACUCAGAGGGUAUUCUCCACAAGGGAAAUCAACUUGGAGAAAAGUUCUAUCCAUGCUACAUCAGCACAGCACACUUCUCUCAGAGAUCAGACCUGUACAGACAUCCAAGAAUUAUUGUAGGUAAGAAGCUGUGUGGGUGUGAUGAAAUUGAUGGUAACUUCAGUCAGAGCUCAGGUGCUCACUCUCAUCAGAGAGCCCACCCAGGGGGUGGUCCUUUUAUAUGUAAUGUGUGUGGUAAGAGCUUCAGUCAGAUCUCUAGUCUUCACAAUCAUCAAAGAGUCCAUAGAGAAGAGAAACUCUACAAAUUUCAGUGUAUUAAGGACACUGGUAGAAAUUCAUUACUUCACAUUCACCAGAGACUUCACAUAGGAGAGAAGCCUUUUAAGUGCAAUCAGUGUGGUAAGAGUUUUAGUCGGAGUUCGGUACUUCAUGUUCAUCAAAGAGUCCACACAGGAGAGAAGCCAUAUAAGUGUGAUGAGUGUGGUAAGGGCUUCAGUCAGAGCUCAAAUCUUCGAAUUCAUCAGUUAGUCCACACAGGCAAAAAGUCCUAUAAGUGUGAUGACUGCGGUAAGGGCUUUACCCAGCGCUCAAAUCUUCAGAUUCAUCAAAGGGUGCAUACAGGAGAGAAGCCUUAUAAAUGUGACAACUGUGGAAAGCACUUCAGUCACAGCUCAGAUCUUCGCAUUCAUCAGAGGGUCCAUACAGGUGAGAAACCCUAUACUUGUCAUGAAUGUGGGAAGGGUUUCAGCAAGAGUUCAAAGCUUCACACUCAUCAAAGAGUACAUACUGGAGAAAAACCCUAUAAAUGUGAACAGUGUGGUAAGGGAUUCAGUCAGCGUUCACAUCUUCUCAUUCAUCAGCGAGUCCACACAGGAGAAAAACCCUAUAAAUGUGAUGACUGUGGAAAGGGCUUUAGUCAUAGCUCUAAUCUUCACAUUCAUCAGAGGGUCCACACAGGAGAGAAGCCCUAUCAAUGUGCUAGGUGUGGUAAGGGUUUUGGUCAUAGUUCAGCCCUUCGAAUUCAUCAAAGAGUUCACACAGGAGAGAGACCUCAUAAAUGCCAUGAGUAUUAUAAAGGAUUUGAUCAGAACUCACAUCUUUACAAUAAUCACAGAAGAGAAAACUUAUAAUUCCAUUCAUGUAGUAACAGUAUGACUCAAAGCUUAACUUUAAACCCAGUAAGUGCUGCUGGGAAGAAAAUUCUAUAAAUAACCUAAGUAAUCCCAAGCAACAUUUAUAAUUUCCCCUAACUCCCAGUAAGAACCAUUUGCUUCAAGAGAUCCUUAGGAGGAUUCCUAUAUAUUUAAAGUGUAUUUUCUU